AAGUUUAUUUUGAUGUCUCGCAAUCAGCUGACGGCUUCUUGCACAUAAAACAAAAAUGAUUAUUUAUGGAGUGUAUAUAGUUAGUAAAUCCGGUGGUCUCAUAUUCAAUCUGGACAAUAAUGUGCCACGAAUAGAGCAUGAGAAGACAUUCACAUAUCCACUGGACUUGGUACUCGACUACGAUCCCAAGAAAAUUUCCGUGGCAUUCAACCGCAAGGAUGGUAUCAACGUGGGACAUGUGCUGGUCGCCGUCAAUGGUAUGACAGUGAAUGGUGCCACGCUGGAGGAUGGUCGCGAAGUGAAGACCAUGCUGGAGUCAGCCGACAAUUUUCCUAUUAACCUCAAGUUUAGUCGCCCCAAGAUGACAACAAACGAGAAAAUAUUUCUCGCAAGUAUGUUCUAUCCGCUGUUUGCCAUUGCCAGCCAACUGAGUCCAGAGCCCAAGAGCUCGGGCAUCGAGCUGUUGGAAGCCGACACCUUUACGUUACAUUGCUUUCAAACACUGACGGGCGUCAAGUUCAUUGUGAUCUCGGAAACAGGUCUAAACGGCAUGGACCUCUUGCUGCGCAAAGUCUACGAGCUGUAUUCAGACUAUGUUCUCAAAAAUCCAUUUUAUUCACUGGAGAUGCCCAUACGAUGUGAAUUGUUUGACAAUAAACUGCAGGAACUUCUAUUGCAAGUGGAAAAGACGGGGAUUAACAAUAUUGAUAAAUAAAAUGUAUAAUUUACUGAUAAAACUUU